ACUUGCAAUGGUCCAUUGUAUGUUAAUGUCAACGUUGCACGACUGCAGUCGACCAGGAGAUCGGGUCUUGUGCAGUCGCGUUUCUGUAGUACCACUGGAAGUAUUGACAUAUGCAGUGCAAAAACAGAAAUAUUUGGAUUCGUUGCAUUAUUAUUGAAAGGCAAAAUUGUGGAAACUAUAAAAAUUGUAAUGCGGCAAGUUCAAGCAACAUCGAGAGUGGGACCAGAUGGAAUAAGGGUGGUUGAGGUGACAGACGCGUCAGUACCAGGCACCGGGCAGGUGAAGGUGAAGGUUCAUGCAGCUGGGGUGAACUACUACGACCUCUACACGAGCUACGGCAUCAACGCCACCGACGACGCCCCUCGCCUGCUGGGGCUCGAGGCUGCUGGCGUGGUCGUUGCCGUUGGUUCCAAAACCUCCCUCAAGCCUGGUGACCGAGUGGUAGUUCACUGUCCCGCUGGCGGUGCUUUCUGCGAUUUCGUCACGGUGUCUGACGACCAGGUGAUGUUGCUGCCAAACUCCAUCAGUUUUGCUGACGCCGCCUGCCUCACCGUCAGCUACCUGACAGCUCACUUCGCCCUCCACCUCGCCGGGGGCCUGCGCCCCAACGGUUCUGUCUUCAUCCAUUCAGUGGCAGGGUCUGUGGGGUGGGCAGCGACGCAGCUCGCCCUACAGGUCGCGGGAGUUAGGGUUGUGGGCACGACGUCGUCCUCCAAGAUGGCCGCCGUCCAGGCAAAUGGCGUCCAUCUCGCCAUCAGCAACGAUCAGGACUACGUGGCUGCGGUGAAGGCGGCGCUGCCGGAGGGCGUGUCGCUGGUGCUGGACUGCCACGCGGGGCCUCAUCUCGCGCGCGGCCUCGACAUGCUCCAGCCUCUCGGCAAGGUGGUUGUGAUAGGCGCCAAAGAAAUGAUAACCAAGACCGGUGUCUGUGACAUAAACACCCCGGACGUUUCGCCAUUGACGCUCAUGCUGAGGAACGUUGGCGUUGCUGGACUUCACCUGACGCAGCUGCAGCGGGAGGCUCCCACUGCGUUCCGAGCAGCAUGGCGGGAAAUAUUGGACUUUGCGGCCACUGGUAUCAUUCGUCCCGCCAUCUACCGAAGAUUCCCCAUCGAGGAGGUGGAUGAAGCUUGUCGACAAAUCCUCGACCGGCACAAUAUUGGGAAAAUUAUUAUUGAAUUCAACGAAUAAUUGCACUAGCGGGGAGAACAAUAACCACGUGUUUUUGGUACCUUACAAUUUACACCUUAACCGCACUGCAGGCAGACCGGCGUGCGUGCGAUGG